CAGAAACAGUAGCAAAAUGAAAGUUGCCUAGUAUUGUAUGUGUUUGCUUUCUCUUAUCGGUACAAAUCGUCCAGCCAAGGCCAAAGGCCCUUGCGCCGACAGAUGCGUACCCAAACGGACGACAAGCAUAUGAAGAGCACGGGAUGAAAGAUCCGCCUCGCCUUCGCAGCACAACCAAGACGAGAGAACGAGAAGACCAAGAUUUGUGCUCGGGUAAAAAAAUAACGGAGGACGACUCUGAAAGUAUGGUGAAGCGCCCGGUCGGAAACUACAUUUGCGAGCCGUGUUGUUAUAGAGGGGCAAAGAAAUAUGCUCGUAACAGACAAAGUGGAUACGCAUACUGUCAGCGAGUGAAUGAAUACAAAUUCGCGAGGACCACGAAAGGGUCGGCUUUGAUGUCGCCCAUGGCCGUCCGGUAUUUGUAUUUUUGCUUUUGCUACCACUACCUGCGCGCGAACACUGGUGUGGUCGUCGGGAAGAACAUACAUACUGCAGAGCAUGAACAAGAACCACCAGAGCCACGCAAGCACUACGACGACAAGGUUGCUGGUCUUUAUCGCAAGCGCACGUCGGCACAAGCCGAAGCCUCACCGCUGACAACGACCACUGCUGCAGGACAUAUCAAAUACGAAGAGCAGGAAGCGCAGGAGCUUGAUCAUGAUGAUCUGCCGCAAGCAGCACACGACGGCGGCUCAAGCCUUCUCGCUAGGCAGGCGUCAGAAGUCGCCGCCCGUGGACCAGGAGGACGGCAGGAGCAGGAUCUUCCUUCGACGCCCGGCGUUAGCCUGGUGGAGCACACUUUUGCAAUGAGACAGCACGAGCUCGAGAACGCGGCUUUAUUGCAGCGGUCGGGAGAAAAUAGUAACGAAACAAUGACGGUAGGGCCUGGACCUGCUCUCUCGAACACGGGCACCAUACCAGCAACAAGCGCGCUGGAGAAGACAGCAACCGGGAAGAUCUCGACUUCGAAAAAGGUCGGUCACCACUCUAUAACUCGCUUCGGUGUGCCAAACAAUCUCAGCUGUGAAAAUGAAUUCAGGAACUUUGUCUUGCAUUUUUAAAUGCACGAGCAAGUAGAUAACCGAGCCUGUAAGACUAAGACUCAUGCAGAGCCUGAGCCACGCUUGAUCAUGUUUUGCUUUUGUUUAUCCAAGACAUCAAAUCACAAGAGAUUCUAGCGCAAGAAUAGAUUUUUGGGGGGCUCCGGAAGAUGCCACCACGCGCAAUGCCUUUAAGGGGGUGCAGACAUCACUGCCUCCACCUUUUGUGUCGCAAAUCUCUGGCUGCGGCUUCAUUUUUACACUUGGAAUUGUAGUCAGUUAUUCUGAGUAAAGACGCUCCGACCCAUGGGAACUCUGUUCGCGCAUGACAAAUCUGGGCUUGCGGUGUAGUCGUGUUUAGCUAGUGACGCAGCCGCGUCGCAAAUCCAGCAAAUUCUCACUCUGGCUUGACAAGCUGCGAAAUACCAUUACUUUACAAAAUGCAUCUCAUAGGGCUGCGCAUGAGAAACUUUUUAGGUCGGUAGAUUUGCAUUUGCAGGACAAUACUGGGGAGGGCACGUUUUUACUCAGGACAGCAGCCCUUUGCGAGUUAUACAGUUGAUGAUCGAGGAGGAGCGCCUCGCUUUAUUUGGGAUUGAUUUUGCGGAAGUGAUAUCCAAGAAAAACAAAAAGACGCAAAAGAUACUGUCACUCUGGACAAGCAAGGCAUAAGUACCUACGCAUGGGCAGUUCGUUGUUUUCCGCUUGUCAUGCUGGGGCCCAUGAUUCGAGUGCAGCUGCGCUUUCGCAGUCGCACGCUAUCAAUCUGCGCAUGACAAGUCUUUGCUGUCAUGCGAGACACUACAUUUCUAGGGCGGAGUCGCGCAGUCCUUUUUGAAUACCAAUACGCCCGACAGAUUUAUCGAGUUUGAGUCCUAUCUUCAAUUCAAUGGCUCAUUGUCAUUCCGUUCCCCGAAAAACAAAAAGGGUCCCUAGAAAUAAGUGAGUAUUUAUCUGAGUACUUAUCUACUUAUCCUUAUAUUUGCAUCAACAUAUAUUAAGUGUAUAGUAUACACAGUUCUUUUUUUUCGUGGAUAAGCGAUGAAAACGAUCCAGGACCUGCAAGGCGUCAUCUCCAGGAUGUGCGAAAACGUUAUGUCUCACUUACUGGCGUUAUCUAUUGAAAUUUGUCUGGGUCUCGGGGGCCUGGAAGACUGCAGGUUUUUGCCAUGCUAUUUAUUUUGCAUGACGCAAUUAAGUUAAUGUUAAAGCGUGCUUUAGUAUAAUACGGCGUAAAGCUUUCACAGGUUCUAAGAAGGUCUCUCAAUGCCUAAUCGUAAUGAGCAGGGCAACCCCGCCUUUCGCUAGCAAGAAGCGAGGAAAUUUUGCUGUGCAUGCAUAACGGAGCUGGAUGCUAACCGAAAAAUCUUUUGGAGAUCUUGCCCUGUCAAGGCAUUGAUCGUAAAGUGGAUGACAAAAAUGGUCGAGAUGUAAAAUGGUUCACGCUGCAUGACAGAUUUUUGCGUGAUCUGAGUAGAUGCGCGUUGCGAGUUUUAACUCUUCUUGAUGCAGACAUAUUUCCAAUGCAUGGGCGUCCCUGGCGGACUACUUCAUACCGGACGAACGCUAUCGCAAGAACAAACUGCUUCACUGUAAAAUCGUGCUGCACAGAUGAAUCAUGGAAAGCGGAAGUGUUUGUCUUACUUCUACACAUGCAAGAAAGUGGCCGUGAUACAUAUCCCUUAGGAAGAACGCGUGGCAACUUUUCUUCUUCAUCAUGUAUGCAGUCCCUAGGUGGGUGGGUCAUGGACUAGAGUGGGGCAAAAUAUAUUAGCGUCAAAAAUCUGCAUUGUAGUCGUAUCCUAGCGUGUCCAGCGCGAGUAUUCUGCGUUUCCUUGCGUUGAAUAUCUAGUAUGUUUUACAAGCUCCAGAGAAAAUGAAACAAACCUAGGCCUGGCAACUGUGGAGAAUAUAUCUGCAGGACCUACCGUAGGCAUUGAUCUACACGUAAGUCCACCCGAGGCCUCACACAGCAGAAGAAAAAAACAAGCGCAGAAAAGAGCAGCGAAAAAGAACAAGCGUCGCAGUGAAUGUGUGUCCCUGAUGGAGUUUGUGUGUGGCGAGUGACUUCCCAGGGGCGCAGCGUGGUUUUUGUAAAGCGACGCGCUAUGUGCGUAAAAGAGGCGGCAGGAUUGCAUUGAGUGAAACAGAGACGCGAAGCGCAUGCCCUGCAUGCGAGGGAGCCCGUUUCUCUUACACGCUACUUUUUGCCAGAUAUUUUAGUGCGGAGCCGGCGCUCUCUGCGCAUGGGCGCGCGCGAAACAGAAGCGCGGCAGCGGAGCUGCGCGGUAAGCUUGCAAAAAAGUAAGGGCGCGCGCUUUUACUCGAGAUCCAAAAGGAGCGCCACACGGCUUAAGCGAGAAGCCGAAGCAUGGGAAGCAGAAAAAAACGGGCACCGUGCUGGCUCUCACACAAGCGCAGAAUUAAGCGGGGCAGCAAAGGUGGGGGCCCCUUUCGGACACAGGGGAAACAAACGGCGGGCACUCACGCGGGCGCUUACAGGACUAACUACAGCGAGUGAAAGUAAACAACUGGCCCCGGUGCGGGCCCGCGCACUCACACAACCAGAACCACCAACGUGGCGCCCGCCUGUGCUGGUGGAUGCUGGUGCGGAGAGUGGGAGCGGGCAACCACACCAGACAGCGCGCAACGCAGCCAGAACAGCGCGGCGCCACCCUGCUCUAGCGGCCGGCACGGGGGGGAGGAGCUUGGGGGGGCGCCCACAGGCAGCGGCCGCGGUUUCGGGGUGCGCUGACGGCGCUGCCGCGAUGGCCCCGGUCGGAGACGCGGGCGCCUGCCAAUGCGGGGGCCUGCCUGCCAAAUAAUAGGUAGCAACACGCGGCCGGAGCAGGCUCGCACCCGCUGGGGAACCCGGCCGCCCCAGCGAUGCCGCGCGCGCGCCCAGGGACCCCCACAGGCAAGACGGCGCGGGGCUGUUAGAGGCUUCCCUCUGUGUCUUUCGUGCCUCCGCCGGCACACAUCAAGAGCAAGCAUGCCGCGCGCCGCUCCGCCAUGGGGCGUCCGUUGGCUCGUUUGCGCGGUCAUGCCGCUAACCGCCAACAAAGCAAAGCCGAUGACCGGCAUUCCUGCCGAAAAUGUCCCGAGAUAGAACGAAGAAGGCGCGCGAAAAGCUGGCAAAGCAGAGGCAGGGAAGCAGUAUUGCUCGGCGCCCUACGCUCGGCGGCCUGCGGUCAUUGUCCCCACCUAGGGCACCCCGUAGCGCCGCAGUGAGUGUCCUAGCGUGUCAAAACGCUAAUUAUAAUUAGUGUCGCAAAGUCCCGCCAGGCCCGGACUAGAGCGGGCCAUGAGGAAAACACACACACAGGGGCGCGCUGUCCAAAUUUUGCGGCCCACGCUAGGCCGUGCCGAAAAUCCAGGGAGGGCACCCACUGCAACGCGUCCUAGCCUGGCGCAUCAGCAUCGGACCAGCCUCGGUCUAGACCGGCCGCGGCCAGGCUAGGAUAGAUUUCGCGUGUGUGCAGAAUCCUCAUAGUGAGGAUCCGCAUGUAUGCAAUGUUUGCCAGUCUUGCAGAACCCUCACAGUGAGACACUUUUUUCGUAGGAUCAAAGCGUGCAGGAGUACGGAGGAAAAAACGUGUGCAGUGAGGUGAUAGACAUGCUCUGGUGGAAAUGUUCCUGGAUGUCUGGAUGAUUGCAAGAGUUGCUAUGCUCGACUCGCAUGACUCUCAAGUCUGGCAUGCACGUUACCCAAAACCUAAACCGCUACCCUACGUUGCCGUCGUGCAGAAACAAAGAAACGCAGCUCGUCUCGCAGGACGUACACAACGCCUCCACUUACUAGUACCUCAGAAACUUGUAAUGCUGGGCCAGCCAUUGUUUGCGGCGCCCUCCUGAUUUCCCAAGCAGCAUCAGAAGUUUCCAGACCCAGAUAUCUUUCUUGCAUGUGAUCAGAACAGAAUAGUUUUGUAGUGUACUUAUAUUGUUUUUGAUGCUAUGCGUUGCAAAUUAAUACGGAUGUCUGGAACGAUCCAGCUCGUCACACGCAAUCUCAUCCACAAAGAGAUCCUGUCGUCCAUACCUGGCAUCACGAGCUCGGAGACCCAGAUACAUUUUCAAUGCAUAUUUUUUGCAGUGCCACAAAUUGAAAUUUCAUUUGUUUGCUCUCGGCAGGUGAAAAAAUGUGUCAUGCGCGGCCGCUACAAGCUCUCACGAAAUAGAGUAAAGGCUCUACUGAUGGACAUUCGGCAUGAUAAGCUUAAGCACAAGGGUUCAAACAGUGCUGCCUGGUUCGUCGGCAGCUUGCUCAAAGUCAGAGGUACGUGGUGAAUCCGUGCACCUGCACUUACUUAAAAAUCUUCCAACAAUGCAUCUUGAGUUUUUUCCUUCGAUACGGAGUAUUCAAGAGAAAAAAGGAGUAUGCUUAAGUGUAUCUUGGUUGGAGGAAUUUACUUUACAAAUUUGCAAGAACCGUGGCGUGACCACAGCAAACUGCACGUGUGAAGCGCAGAUAGUAAAUACUUACCUUACGUAAAUAUGUGCUUGUUGAAUUAUAGACGCUAUAAUUUACCACAUGACCAGCGUAACAGACGCAACCGUCUUGCAUGUCGCGUGUCGACAUGACAAGGUUACACUAUGCAAUCCUUUUUUUUUUUGAUAAGGAGGCCAAGAAAUCUAUUGCGGAGUUCUUGAACCUAUGCAUUGCAAAUAUGUCAAGCGGUUAGGAUUUGUCAUGAAGGGCAACAAGAUCUGUAAUGCAUUAAUAGGAUUGGGCAGUUUUUCUUUUUUUUGUCAUAAUGAGUGUCAAUUUGUCUCGCGUUUGAUGAAUGAUAAUGAAUGCGCGACAACAGCAUCAUUGCGCAGGAACAGCAAGAACUUUUUCGUGACUUAAUGAAUACGUGAUGAAGAUAAACUUCUGACGCUAUUAUGCCGUACUAGGGGAUGCUCUGCGCUGCGAGUAUUACCAAAAAAAGUUUCCAAACCCAAACAUACACAGAUUUGCCAUGCAUAGAGCCGGAACCUGUCGACCUUGCUGGCGAGUGGCGCCGAAAUAUGAAAGCGCCAGGUCGGAUAUGCAAAUCAACGUGCGACUCGUCACGCUUUCCCUUUACUAUAUUCUAAUUCUUAUGGACAACGGCAAAAUUCAUUAAAAUUCUUAUGGACAACUCACGCUAAGUAGCCGCCCCCUUACAAAACUCCUUAAAAAGUAGGAGGGGGCGCAAAUCGAUAGGGCCCUUUGGAUUCGUUUUUGCGCCGAUGAUGUGUUGCAUUUUUCUGAGUGUGUUGGCGCAAAUUUUUGGCAAAGAGAAAACCGCGCCCAUAGCCUGGAGCUCUAUGGCGAAAAGUUUUAGGGCGAUCUUUUGAAGAGGCGAAAGCUUUGUGGGGCGUCGGCAUUCUUAAGGGCGUUGCUAAGUCGAUCCCAAGGGAAUUUCUAAAAAGGGGCCGAUAGGCCUCCUCGCGCGAUUUUGCCAGGAGACAGGGCGGGGGAGCUACUUUCUUAUGUUUUUACAAAAAUGCCCGCACUUGGUCCCCUCCCGGACGAAGAAAGCGCGACCCCGGCAUAACAAUAAACAAAAGUGGCCAGCUUUGGCCUCUUCUGGGAAGGCCAGCCCAGGCCCGGAAAAAACUCUCCGGACAGCACGCCCGUGCGUCGUGCUUUGUCGUUUCCCGGAAGUCCGAGACGCGGAAGAAGACACGGGCGCGCUUUUCGCUAGUAGAAAAGUGGCCCACUUUGGUCUGCUCUGGAGGGCCCAGUAGAGCCCAGAAAGGCGAAAAAGCCCGCGGCAUCGAAAGUGGCCACAACUUUUCGCCCCCCACCCUCCGUGGGCCCGACCCGUUAGAAGUGGCGGGCGCGGCCCGAUUCUUUGUUCAAAGAAAGCGCGUGGAAAACUUUGGCCUUUUCUGGAGGGGCUUGCUUCCGAAGGCGCCAAAAAGUAGCUCGGCUGUGCACUAUAAUGUUGCCCUUGUUCGUUUCUUGCGGACGGGCCAACGCGGGAAGAACAAGAAGCCAGACGUCGGACCUGCUCCUUUUCUUGUUAGCCCUUCAGCGUGGAAAGUCCGCGAAAAAAGCAACUUUCUUCGUUUUCGUGUGGGGAGGCGCUUUCCAAUGGCACAGCCACGUUGGUGUGCGCCGACCCCUCCCGGGGGAGGGAGGGUCUCGCCAGCCGGCGGCGGCGCUUCGCGAUCUCUUCCGCCCGCGUCGCCCAUGGUCCCCUCGCUUUUUUUCGCGUCCCGCCGGGGGACGCGGAGCCGCCGCCCAAUCUAGAAAAGCGCCGCGACUGUUGGCCCGAAAAGCGGGACGCGCAGAGCAAGGGUGAAACCAAUGGCUUGGGUCCGCGUGACUACUCCUCGAAUCGGUGGCCUGACCAUCUGCGGAGAAACGCACCCACAUCAGGUUGCGUAGAAGUCGUGGCUGCUGUCGAUUUAGCGUCACAAGAGAGAUGAGUUUCAACUUUCUCGAUUUGCAACCUGGCGCUUCCAUAAGAAAUCGUCAUUCAGUUUGUGCCAGGGCUCACCAUGGUUUUCUCGAAAUUGUUUUACUUCGGUUUCUAUUCCUUGCAAACUACAUGUCUGGGUCUGGAUUUAUAAUGCGAGAGCUAUAGGACAAGAAGAUCUGUAUGGCAUGCAUACAAUUCACCGUUUUUUUGUAGUGUUGGAAGCCAAUUUGUCAUGCGUUUUACGAAUGAGGUUGCGUCUGCGAUAAGCCUCGCGGAUACUUUCUAUUCCUGAUAUGCCGCGCAAGUGGCUACUCUGCGUUGCGAGUAUCAGCAACACAAGUUUUCAAACGUCCAGGCAUACUUGCAGUCGAUAGUUUCGGUAAAGUGAUCCAGAGAAUGAUCGACCCGAUUCUCGAUGUGAUCAUUGCAGUUAUCAGGUACGUAUCAAAUGUAAAAAGGUCUGGGUCUGGAAGAUUCUGAGACUUGUCAUGCAUGUUUUGCAUUGGCCAUGAUGUCUGUGAUGCAUGCCCUAGCAUCACAGAUUUUUUGAGGGCUUCGCGAUGCCUACUCCGCAUGACAAAUGCCCUAUCCGCAUAGCAAAAAUUGCAUUCCCUUUGCUGCUCAUGCAAUACAGAUUUUUUUGGAAUCCAAAUUCAGCAUCACAAGUUGCAUUCUUCCAGACCCAGACACUUUUACACUCGAUAGUACGUAUCCAUUGCAAGUACAGUAUGUCUGGGUCUGGAAGAGGAAGGAUGCAGCUUGUCGCAAGAAGUCUCCAUCGCAAGAGCGUCUGCGUUGCAUGAACCUCAAAAGUUGUCCACCUCUUACUAGGACAAAGGCGGAAUAAUUCUCAUGCGGGAUACAUACGCAUCAAGAAGGUCCCGCAAAAUUUGUGCUGCUUUUGCGUGCAUCCCAGACCAUACGCUUGGUCCGAGCGCGAGAUGCGUGACAAAUCUUGAUCUUCGUCUUCCAUUCUUAUUCCGGACCCAGGCAUGUUUGCAGUUUAUAGCACGAUGCUCUGCCGACGCUUUUCCGCAUGGGGCUCAAGCUUUUUUGCGGUUAUAUUUGGAAGUUCGUCAAAGAAAAAGUCGACCAGCUUAGAGAGAUGAUUCCCGAUUGGGACGACGUGACAGAAAUGGCAAGCGACGCCGCUGAGGCCGUCGCAGAGAAGUUGGGGGACGCCGCCAAGUUCGCAAAAGAUGCGAUUAACGAUUUUUUUUUUGGUGGCGAAAAUGGAAAAAGUAGCACGUCUUUCUUGUCCGGUGCUGAAGAUCAAGAUCGGGAUGAAUAUGAAUGGCCGGGGUCACCUUCGUUACAUGUCGUCUCCCAGUCACCUGGCGAGGACGAUGUAAGUAUGUUUCGUCGGCCAAAUAAGAACCCGCCUGCGACGCCGACGCACAACUUUUUACAAGUCUCGAUGCGCCUUGCCGUCAUGCGUGCGAAAACUGAUCCGCACCUGCGGGAUCGUAUCCUACAGAAAGGCACAUGUAUACAAAAACCAGGAGAAAAUACAAAUUCAAAUUUUCUUUAAGAAAAUCAAACUUUGCUCUGGGUUCUGACUGUUUUUUGCUGCUCAGCAUGACAAAGCUUUUUGCUAGCGUGCUAAUCGCGAAAACGCCUUCUCUCAGGUUUUCCGCAUUACGGAGUUCUCCGCUUGCGCCAUCAAGUUAGCAGCGCUAAAUCUAGGAAUGAGAUGCAUCUUGUGAAGUGUAGUAGCCAACCAUGCGCACGACGCGCAGGUAAAUUUGAUAUAAUAUGAGCCCGAGCGGGGGCCCACUGGGCUCGUUAUUGUCGGGCCCGUCUCCGUGAUCGGUUCCGCUUUCAAACUCGAAAAAGCUGCGGGCCCUGCUGGGGCCCGCGCCAGCCCGCCGGCUGCGCUUUUAAAUGCGAAAAAGCCGCGGCCGCUGGCCUUUCGGAGGCCCGCGCUAGGACGCUUGGCUGCGUUUCUUUUUCGGGCGUCGCCUUGCGUUCGAAGCCCGGAGCGGUUGGUCUCUUGGCUGGUGGUGAAGGGUUCGGCCUUGGUCGCCGAAUAAUUCGCGUCCCUCUCCUUGUGUGUCAUGUGCAAAACUACCAAAAAAAGCACAGGGUGGCCCGAGGCAAAGAGAACCGCUCUCGUCACCCUGCCAGACGCAACGCCAGGAAGCCGCAGCCUAGAGGUUGUCCGUGUGGGCGUUUUGGCUUGCGUGAGCAGACUAGAAAAAUCAUGGGCCGGAAACGAAUAACGCGCGCGGAUGGAGUGCAGUUACUUAUCUCAACCACGCCGGAAAGUGUAGUCAGCGCGGGGACGCCAGCCCCCAGCGCUGAGAGUUAGGAAUGUGCCUGUCUGCGUUGGCCCUCUCAGGGCAGUGGGCUUGGUGUUUGGGGUUUAGGGUCGUCGAGCAGGGCAGCCGCCGGCCGGCGGCGGCAGGCUGCCUUGCCCCCGGUGAUUCUCUGGCCGACGCCCCCCUCCCCAUGCGCGCCCUCUGUUCCGUUUGUUUUGUGGCCAUGCGCCGACUCGCCCGCCCCCGGGCUUGCCUGGCGUUUUUUCUCACCGGCCCAAGCGCCACCCCCCACCCUAUGGGCAUCGCCCAACCAUGCUGGUGGUCCGCAUGAUGUUGGUUGUUGAGAUGGGUGGCCUUUGAGAUUUUUUCGGUCGGACGGAGCUGCUGGGACUUUUCGGGCCGCUGGCCCCGUCGAGGUGUUAUGUUUAGAUUAGGGAACUGAAACGAGUCCUCUGCGCCAUCCGAAUAAAACCGCUACCGCCCGCCAUGCUUCCUUGUGCCCGCACGCGGGCGACUCGGGGGCGCACUGGACUCGCUUUCGCUGGUUUCGGGCCCUUCGUCCCGGCGCAUUGGACUCGUUGAACCGAAGAGCCCCGGACAAUCUCCUGAGGAAGCUGCGAAGCAGACCAGCAGGCUCCUCAGGAAGCUGCUAAAGAGGUCUCAGCGAGCUUCCGAGGAGGCGCUCCUAAGCUAAGGAGCCCGUAGCAAGCUCCUUAAGAGCCUUCUUCCUGAGAGCCUCUCAGCGCGCCGCUGUAUGUUACAAAGUGGCAGCUUAGUGAAAAAUCUUCAUCAGGCGGCCGACCAUAAAGCAACUUUCUCGUAAUGGCAGCACUUAGGCAGCUUCUUAAGCGCCAACUCCUUAAGAUGCCACUCGGCAGCAAAUCGAUUGUCUUAGGACAUUCCUGCGCCGUCGCUAUUGUGCUGCCUUAUGUAGAAAAAGAACCAGCAGCACAGAGCUACUUUUCUUCCACACAUGCCCUAUGGCGAGUAUGUAUAUAUUUCUGCAGGAUAGACCGGCUGGCGCGGAUCAAAGCCCCCGAUCUGGACGUGCGAGAGGCGUAUACCCACCGGCAUGCCGAAGCCCGCGCUGCACUGUAUAACCUGCUCAGGUGUUACAAUCUCAAGCGUUACAGUAUGCAGCGAAUUCUGGGUGUGUCCUGCGUGAACAGCAUGAGGAACACACAGCGCCCGGCGCUUUUUGCAAUACUAUCUAAUGUUUUUUACAAAUGCCGGCCCCAGGUCCUACUUCCAACUCCUAGUCGGGUUUGGAGCUCGACAAGUUGUAAUGCGUAUAUCCGUUAGACUUAGAGCAAGAGCCGGCCAGAUCGUGAAUCUUUUGAUUUGCGUCACAAAUCUCCGGAGGAGCGGUCCUGUUAACAUCACAACCCUCCACUUUUGCCUAUACAACGUUUGAGAUCGUAACACUAACACCUGAGCGGGUUAUAAACUUGCGACUGUUGGUCUCAAUGUAGAGUUCUUCCAUGAAGAUGAAGCUGCAGAGGACCAAGAGCAAGCUGGCGAAGACGGCCAGAACCCAAAUCAGUAUCAUACCAGCAAGACGAGAGGAAGCAAAGGACGCGACAGCGACCUGCGACGUCAGAAGCGCAGAAUGUGGUCUAGCCGCACUUCCUCCUUCUCAUUUCUGCAACAGGAAGAACGUCGCAACUCCGACAGGCACAGCAACCUACAAGACCUAAAUGAUUUGGACAAGCAACUCGAUAGAGAAGGCAAGAUGCCAACGCUCAAGUCCAUCGAAUCCAUGGGGCAACCCACCGAACAGGAACUGCAGCACUUCCGGAAUAUGGCAGAGGAACGGAUGGAAGAGGAAAUAAAAAAAUUAGAGGACCAAUUAAAGCACGAGACCAACGAAAGCAACAAAAAAGAGAUUAGCGAACGCAUUACACAGAAGAAAAGUGAUAACACGGCUCGCCUCAAAAAACUUGAGCCCGAACAUUUUCAGAAAACGCGAAAGCAUAACGCAAAGCUCGCCAAUGAAGACAUGGAAAAGAGCACAGCGCUGUACGGUGAAAAAGAAGCUUUGGGGACAAGAAAAGCUUUUCGUUUUGGCGCGCCAAGUAUCAAAAUGGCUGCAGCCCGCGCGGCAAUCGGAAAGAUGAAGAAAAAUUUGGCGCAUUUCUCGGAGAAGGCUGUGAAACACGUGCCAGCACCGGUGCGGGCGGCAGGCAGAAGACUGAGCCAGGUUGUCGGGAUGGCCAAGAAAGGACUCAAGAAGCUACUCGAUGUUGCCGGGCGUUAUGGCAAAAAAUUGAUGAACAAAGUGAGAAAGUGGUGGAACGAGGUGAAGCAGAGACUAUUCAAAGGAAUCUUCUUGAAAAAAGCCAUUGAGAUUUUCCUCCUCUUCACGUUCGAUAACUUGAUAAAUCUGAUGGUGGCGCGGCUGGGCGACGUACUUUACCUCGUGCUGGAUCCGCUGCUCAAAUUUUCGCCUUCGGGUCUCUCUCCACAAGCUUUCAUCGAUGGCCUUCUGGCCCACGCGCCCGCAGUUCUGAGGUUUCAACUGCACCUCCUCGCGAAGACACUUCUACAGAAAGUACUUGGACGGUUUUUUGGUCUUGGGCCCGAAGGACAAAAUCAGGCAGAUGAAGGAUCUGCCGACCAAGAAAAGAAUCGUCCGGCAGGAGGUGGUGGGGAGGACACAAGUAGCGACGACGGAAUCGAUAUUGUGAGUAAAAUCUUCGUCCCCACCUCAGUCAAGACGAGAACUUUACAGCAGAGAUCGUAAAGUUUUGGGAGUCACGCAUGAAAAGUUUGCCUCUGCAGUGGAGUCGUGUAUAGCAUGCCAAGGAGGUGCACUUGCACCUGCCUGCGUCACAAAACCGCUUCCUGAAUCUCCUAAAUAGCACAUAACAUGCUCGCACACACGACCAGAAAAACGGGGCCCAUGCGGAGACGUUGCUGGCGUGCCGAUUUGCAUGACAACGCUGGAGAGGUGGAGACGUCUUUACACACACAGGAUAGCCGAAGAAUUGAAAGCGCAGAAGAAAGCGCACCGAGACCGAGAGCGAGAGGACGAGAAAGCAAACAUAAACAAGGAGCCGGCGUCGAGCAAAAUGACAUUGUCCUUUGCGGAAGUCAUCAACUCGACGCAGCCUCUCGCUGUGUUUCUGCAGCAUCUUGAGGCGGAGUGGACCUCCAGGCCUGCGCAACAGGUGGAGACGCAGGAAGUAGAAGAGAUGGAACACUACCAGCAGCAAGCGAGGCCCCCGCCCAGCACGAGUUACAUCUUCAGGGCGGACGAUGCAAACGCUUUCGCUUUUGGCAACGCCACAGCCGCGACUCCGGGUCCUUUCACCGCGUCGCGGUUCUUCAAAACUUUCGACGGGAAGAGAAGGAGUAGGACGGCCGCCAUCGGCUCGCUUCUACAGGCAUCAGAGGCCGAUCCAGCUGCGCCUAAAACUACGCAGCAUGAGGACCCGAGAAUCAAAAAAGCUCUGGAGGUUUUUGAACUCGACGGAGGAGCGAUUGGCGUCCUCGAGAAGUUGCUUUCCUACGUUACAAGUGGAAAGUUGUCUGGCAUGGUGGUUAAGGCCGUGAAGAUAUCCAGUGUGAAAACGUACCCACUUGAUACCCGCCCCAGACGGGUUGCCAUGUUGCAAAUACUUGCUAAGAUAGCAUAUGCGGAAAGCUUGAGCGUCUCAUGCGGCGCAAACCAGUACUUUUUGCAUUUGCUGUCCCCGUGCCCGCCUUUUCUUCUUGUGUGCUUGCUUUAUUGAUACGCUACUGAUUCGGGGGGGGGCGGUCGGCUGAGACAGGAAUGGCGCUGCCUCGACAAAAAGAAAAACAAAAGACCGCGCGCUUUUUUGGCCCUCCGCGCCGCCCUUAUGGUUUGGCCCAGCCUGCUCCUAGACAGGGGGGAAGGGGGAGAAAGUGCAAAAAAUCAACCUCCGCGGCAUCUGGCUAGAGCCAAAAAAGUAUUCGGCUUUGGGUUUUCGGGAUAGGGUCUGGGGUGUAGUGCGUGGCGAAACGCCAGCAGCGGGAGGCUGGCUAAAGCCAUCCGGAUCGACCCCGGAGCCCCAGACCGACUCCGGAGUCGCCCCAGGAGAAUUCAGAGGCUGCUGCUGGCUUUUAGCCAGUCCGUCGGGCGAAGCCCCGCGCCCUGUCGUGCUCGGAAUCCGAAAAAUGGCGCAAAUGACAAAAAAAAACAUAACACGGGGCGGUUGAAUUUUGCCCGUUGGCACCCCGGGGGCGGACUAUGCCCGUUUUGUGCGAUGGUGCAGAGCUGUGGCCCCCUUGCGAAGAGUCUUGCCUAUCGCCUGAGGGGCCCGCCGGCGAAGUGGGGCCACUGUGUUUGUGGAUCGUUCUCUAUUGGCCGUCACUUAUCGCGCUAGCGACAGGCUGGCUGUGGGCAGCUCGCGACGCACUGAUUGAUGCGUGCGAGGCCAAAAGCUCGACUGCCAACCAUUCCCGCACUGCUUGGGCGCCUACCCAUCCCCCGGCAGGUCCGAGCGCGCCGCGCGGAGGUGGGCCGCCCCUCAAGAAUGACGCUGGUGCGGCGGCCCUUGGGCGACAAGCCUCGCGACGUUUGGGAAGUGCCCGGGACCGAGUCCUGUGAUGCGGCCGUGCUGCCUAGUUAUGAUGCCUAAGCUCUAUGUUGCCAUGCCUGACUGCCACCAGAGUUGCUGGAUUUGUGUACUAGCGCAUGCGUUGUCCUCUUGAUGACUUUAGUACAACGAGGAGGCUUUUACACGGGAUAGAGGAAUGUGUUCAAUAGUUUAUGGAGAAUUUUCAUGCGCGCGGGAAAAGGUGCCGGCGCAGCGGUGGAAGGCGUCUCGCAGUCCCUGUCCAAAGACACCAACGCGGCACGAAUUGCUGCGAGCGCGGAUCUGACCAAGGACGAGAAAGACCUCGACAGCUCCAUGCAGACGCCGCAGCCGGGAAAAAAAGACUCGGAGUUGAACGUGGUAUCCAGCUUUGCGACAGACCUUGACGCGCCUCCCGUGGACGAAAAUGCUGCCAAGAAAGAAACGGCGCACCUGCAGCAUGGCCAUGGGCCCUCCCACGACACGAGUGAAGGCCAGCAAGAGCAUAUAGAAGUUACUCUCCUGGAAAGACCUACCGCUUCGAACACGCUGGCACAUGGGUCAUCUGAUGCUGACGCUGAAGCCGCCUGGUGGCGCAGAAGUCGGUCGGAGAUGCCGAUCCUAGUACGCAACCCGGAGAAUGGUCCAGAGGACUCAAGUGGAAACGAAACACAGCCGAUGAAUGUUCCCGAUCUUCAUCAAGCAGUGAAUUAUGACCUUCCCGUGGAUAACGACUACUACUUGGAGCACGAGGAGGAGCAAACGUUCAUUAGCAAAUCACUCCCGACUGAUCGUGGCCGCGAAGAGGAUGCUAUCGAGUACGAUGCGGCUGGUGCAGGAAGGGAGUUUGAAGCCGUGGGAUUCGGCGGGGAGCAGGAACUGCGCCUGCUGCUGGCGAGCUACCUGCACACCUACGACCGGCAGCACUAUCUUCAAGAGCGCGGCGAGCAAGAGCAUGAAAACGAAGACUUUCAUACGCAGCAUUCGUCUUUCCUCAGCAUGGCAGCUCCCGACGAGGUGGCCGCGAAUACCACAGGCGCUGCGCUUGACGCGGGGGCCAACAUGAACAAGAAGCGCGAUUUUCUCGCGUUCCCAUGGUACCGCCGCAUUGUCCCGUCGCGACCCCCAACGCUGUUGAGCGUGGAGGAAAUGUAUUUCGAAAUGUUCGAAGCGGGCCGCUAUGAGCGUAACGGGGCUCCUGCUCCUGCUGCGUCCUCCACUUUCGCGGAGCGAGUCGGGGGGCCGCCGACUGAGCGCGCUCGUCUCCUCGCUGAAAUUGCAGACGAGCAGCGGAAUCAGCUGGGGGGCCACGGCAUGGACACGGAGAACGAAAGACAAAAGCAAAACUUGAUCUACAACAGCAGCAUUUCGCACACUUACCGUUCCAGAAGAACUUCUGCGCACACUUACCCUUCGUCCAGCACGACAGUCCUCGCAGCCCGGUCCUCGUUUUUGCAGAAGCACAGGCUCGGGCUUAGCGUGGAGCAACGAAGCGCAGUGCUGGACAAGCUCGGAGACCUGUUCCGCAACGCCAUCAGUUUAGCGGGGAAUACGCUGGAAAAGAUGAAGGACACAGUGAAAAGCAUGGUGCUUAAAGCGGGCGCCGGGGCGCUUUUCACUCUCGCGCGGAACAACCUGAGAAGCAUGAUCGGUGGCCUCGCGGACAACCUCGCUACUCCGCUCUCAACGGUGAUCGUCUCCAUUCCAAUUCCGGUUCUGCAGUCGCUCCCACUUGCCGCUCUCCGGGUCGCGGCUUCCUUCAUCAUCAAGGGGGUCCUGGAGGGUUUCGUCUAUGAUGCUAUGUUCGCGGGACUGAAAAUCAUGGUGAACAACCUGUCCAGUGCGGUGCUUGGACUUCUGCACCUGGGUGAGACGAUGGCGCAUCUGGGCGGCAGCCUGCUGCAGUGGUUUAAGGACAGACUGAUCGGGCAGUCUAGCUGGUGGAAGAAGCGGACGGAGAAGAAGGCGGACAAGGACCUCGGUUCGGACACAGACAGCGACGACGACGACGAAGCGGACACCUUCCAGGAAUUGAUUCACCAGGAGAAGACGGAGUGCGAUGAAUUUAAGGCGCGCAUUAAAAAACUUCGACAAUAUUUCGCCCACGGCAAGUACGAGCACACAGGAGUAGUGGACCGCGCUCACUCUGCUAUCAGUAGCGCCGAAAAGAAGGUGAAAAAGCACGCAAUGCAAGCGAGACAGAAGAAAAAGCAACUGCACGACCUCGAAGCAAAGUUUGACCAGGACCUGAAGAGCUACGAUCAAACUCUGUCGACCUUGGUCAAAAACAUCACCGAAGACGUCACAAAACUGACACCCGGCGAAAUGAAGAAGCUGCACGGAGAAGAUAUGCUAAAGGGCAAGGAAGCAUGGGGCCUUACGCUGUGGCGACCGGGGACCAACAUCAACUGCCCUCGGGAUAAUUUCCCGAAUAUAACAUCUGACACCAGCGCCAUCAUGGGCCACAGUCAAGGCCGGCCAUACGGAAACGAGGAGCAUCUGCAAUGCCACCUCGUCCACCGGAAAGAUCUCCUGGAGGAAAAAAGCCAAGCGCUUAAAGAGCGGCGCCGAGUGAACCACGAGCGGACUCAACUGCUGCAAGAAAUUGUUCAUGAACUGAAGCAGGAAAGAAAGUGGAGCUCUGCAAAAGCUAGCGAAAUCGAUGCCAGCAUAGAAAAAGCCAACGCAAAACUAGGGAACGUGGGUGCCCGUCUUGCGGGUGGAUACAAGAACCCAGACACAGGAGAAACGGAAGAAGUGGGCAUUGAAAAGCAGAUACUGAACACAGAAGACGACUUAAAAGCGUACCCUCCGGAACCGGAGGCGAAGACUGCAGCGCGCAACUGGAGGAACAAGGUAGCGGCGAUGUCUCGAAAACUCCCACACAGGAGUGGCAAACACCCAACCCAUGGCGGCGGCUCGUCGUUUGCACAGGAGAGGCGGGACAUUAAAAAACAAGAAAAUGAAGAAGGCAGGAGCUGGCGGACUGGUGGGUAUGCCAGCAAGGAGAACGCACACGCGACCACUGAUACGGAAAGCGCCAAAACUGAAUUUGCAGAGCAACAGCAUCGGCUUCUCGCGCAGGAGUCCUUGGCAGCUGACGCCGCGGCUGAGUUUUCAGACGAGGAGGCAACCGAACGAGGAGAGGCUGUGGUUGGACCUUCCGGAGAUGUUACGUUUUCACAACUUCGGAGCGUGGCAGAUAAACCGUCCGCGGCGUCGUGGUCUCCUUCUCCUGUAGCCAGCCUCAACGGCCGCACACAGUCCUCACUGAAUGAAACUACAGCUCCGGCUGCUCUCAUGCAGUUGCGGCGCGGCCACGGCCAGGACCAGGAGGCGACUUCCCCUGAUAAGGACAAGGGGGCGCUGGGAUUUGUUUUUUCGGCGAUCGGUAAAAUCAAGGCGAAGAUCGGAGAAAUGUUUCGAACCGUUAUGAAGCACAUUACCCAGGGACCGAGCGCGCUGAAAAAGCUAGUUUAUCACAUUUGGACCUCGAUGAAGCAUUCUUUCCUGGAGUCGAUCAUCGGAGGGCUGUUGCUCAUGUUGGCGAAUGCCAUCGGGCGGGUGCUCAGCCAAGUGAUUGCCCUCAUCCCUUACGUGCGCCAAACUCCUCUUCCGGUCCUUUUCAGCCAGGCCAUUCCCACCUUGUUGAUGAUGCUGUUUACGCUGAGAGUGAUACCUAAUCCGAAACUUGCGGAGGCAUCGGCCCACGCCAACCAUGAUCAUGGUAUAGAGGGCGCCGUCGACGACGGACACGGCCACCACAAGGCGGACGGCCACAAACAUCCGAAGACGUCAUUCGUGGAGAAGACCGCCACGAACGGAGGAGGCGGCUCCCACUCCCAGAACACCCAUGGUCAUGAACACCACGGGCACAAAUGGCAUGCUGAAAAAGAAAAAGGCUCUGCACAUCACGGCCACAACGAUAAAAAGGCGGAGCCUAGUGCAGUGGCUUCAGUACCUGAUGCAGCACACGUCAGCCUAGUGCAGUGGCUUCAGGACCAAGCCGAGAGAUUGAUCGACGACUACGCGAAGCCUGCGUUUGACAUGAUUAAAAAGGCAAUGACGAAAGUUGCAAGCGAAGGCGUGAAGAAGGUGGUCCAGACCAUCAAAUACGCAUUGGCAGGGGGCAAGCGACUACUGGGGCUAGAACUCAACGAGGAAGACAAGGAAUUGCUGGGCCUAGUACUUCCCCAGAAGAGGAGUGUUGCUGGAAAAGCGAAAGGCGUUGUCAGGAAUACUAGAAGCGUUUCAAAGCGAAAGCAGCCUUAG